AUGUUCUGUGAUCAAUGUGGUUGCAUGUCAUAUGAGCGAGUAUUUGAUACUUGCAAGUAUUGGCCGGAGAGUGAGUUCCACAAGUUUAACAUAUUGCAAGUUGCCUUAUUAUAUCAGGACAACGGGUUCCAAAGGUUUCUCCAGUUGAAGUUGGAGACCAUGAAAAAGAAGGAAGACAAUCGGCUCAAAUUGCCUUUGGAACUUAUUAUAAUGAUAUUGCGUUUGAGCUAUGGGAAGAACGAGCAGAUCCCAUUGCAUUACUUGAGGUUGAAUAAGAUAUUGUACCACAUACUGCUACCUGAACUUUACCAUAGACCUAAACUGACAUCUCCAAAUUUCAUGAGUUUCAUGGAAAGUAUAUUUGACAGCAAUAAGAAGAAGAAGAAUUAUGACUAUGUUAGAGAGUUAGACCUUUCGACUAUCAUUCAAUCGGGGAAGAAUUCAUUUAUAUCCAAAUUGCUGAGGCGCUGUUCAAAGAAUUUAACAACGUUUAUUGCACCCCAAUCGAAAUUUGGAUUUUCUCCAUUGAUAAGUUUAAGGCAAUGUUCUCAACUACGGAUACUGGACCUGAGACUAGUUUCAGAAACUAUGAAUCUUGAAGAAUUAUUCACCUCCCUGCAGAGACUCCCUGUGUUGGAACAACUGUCGUUUCCUCGGUCUUCGGUCUCUUUUGAACCUACGAAGCACAUUUGGCCCAAGAAACUUUGGUACCUUAGAUUAAGUGGCGGUAUUUCCGAUGAGUUUCUUAUGAGAUCCAACCUUCCAAAGUCAGUCACUUAUCUCGAGUUUUCCCAUUGUCCUUCGAUACACGCAGAUGGAAUUUAUCAUGUACUGGACAAAGUUGGAGCUAACUUGACGCAUCUGUAUAUUCAUUACCCAAUGCCUGGGUUGCGAACGAAUUCGAUGGAUAUGAUCUUCCAGUAUUGCCCCAAUUUACAGUUUCUCUACAUUCACAUUGAUUACAUUACAAGAGAAGUGUUUGACGAAGAAUUGCUUCCUGCUUUGGAGGCACCAAGGCCUUUGAAGACUCUCUGGUUAGACUCUUCUGGCAUGUUGGGUCAAUCGUUUAAAAUCUAUCCCGACGAUUUAACCAUUGCUCUCUCUGAGGGAAGGUUGCCGUGUCUGAAGACCCUAAGAAUAUCCCGUAAAUUAGGAUGGAACUUCAACAACGAUGACUGUCAGGAUUUGGUAAACGAACUGCAAGACCAGGAUGGAGAUGUGUAUGCUGUCUGA